UCUCCAGUCCAUACAUGGUUUAUGGGAAGAUAUUUAGAGCCAAAUUUUUUUAAUAUUACAAUGACAUAUAGAUCUGAUAGUGAUGUUAAUGUGCCUUAUGAUAUGUUUGAAAGUUAUAAUUUUGAAGAUUUGGACGAUUAUACAAUGAGUUUAGAUGACAUUUGGACUGAGGAUGAGGUUAUUAAUUUAAUAAGUAUUUAUUAA